GAUGGUGCUGAUCAAGGAAUUCCGAGUGGUUUUACCUUGCUCAGUGCAAGAGUAUCAAGUUGGGCAACUUUAUUCUGUGGCAGAAGCUAGCAAAAAUGAAACAGGAGGUGGUGAAGGAAUUCAAGUCUUAAAAAAUGAGCCUUAUGAAAAGGAUGGUGAGAAGGGGCAAUAUACUCACAAAAUCUAUCAUUUAAAGAGUAAAGUUCCUGGUUUUGUAAGGAUGAUUGCUCCAGAAGGCUCCCUGGUGUUCCACGAGAAGGCUUGGAAUGCGUAUCCCUACUGUAGAACAAUUGUGACAAACGAAUACAUGAAAGAUGACUUCUUCAUAAAAAUUGAGACCUGGCAUAAACCAGAUUUGGGGACAUCAGAGAAUGUGCACAAUUUAGAUCCAAACACAUGGAAGAGUGUUGAAGUUGUCCAUAUUGACAUUGCAGAUAGAACUCAAGUAGAACCAGGAGACUACAAAGCUGAUGAAGACCCUGCAUUAUUCCAGUCUGUUAAGACGAAGAGAGGACCUUUGGGACCAAAUUGGAAGAAAGAGCUAGCAACUGAUGAAGAGUGUCCUAAAAUGUGUGCUUACAAGCUGGUGACCAUCAAAUUUAAAUGGUGGGGACUGCAGAACAAAGUUGAAAACUUUAUACAAAAGCAAGAAAAAAGGAUAUUUACGAACUUUCAUCGCCAGUUGUUCUGCUGGAUUGACAAGUGGAUUGAUCUGACUAUGGAAGACAUUAGGAGAAUGGAGGAUGAAACCCAAAAGGAGCUGGAAGCGCUACGUAAUCAAGGCCAAGUCAGAGGAACAAGUGCUGCCAAUGAUGAAUGAUGAUGGAUUUAACCGUCACAUGCAGUGUGAUAUACAAAUGUGUGUGUGGAUGCAUGAUUAUUUGUAUAUAAUUAUAUAUACGCACAUGCAUACUGAAGGGGGUUGUUACAGUGUCUCCAGGGUACUAUACCUGUCCUCAGCAAAGAUUCAACGGAAACUGCUUUCAUUAUGUAUACCUGAAGCAAAUAAAAAUCAACUGAGUAGUGUCGUUUAAAGGAUGAAUUAACUGCAGAAUUAUGCUAACUGGUAUGUUUCAUGAAUGUCAAGACUGGACCAAUUUAUUCCCUACUUGUUUUUUUCCUGUCUUGAGUCACUCUGCUAUUACUUGCCCAUAUCUCAUUGUAAAGAAACAGAUUCCAAUAAGUUAAUUUCAGUUUUGUGUCUUCCCUAUGUGAUUAUUUUUGGAAUAGGAACAAUGAAUGUAUUUAUAGCUAUUUAUUUCUGGAUUGUCAUUAUCCUAUAGUCAAAUCAGAAAAAAAUUUCUAUUAAUGGAAAUUGGAAGACUUUUACUGCUGAAUAAGUUUAACCCAAACUUUACCCAUUUACUGAUUUAAAAGAAAAAAAAAAAUCAUGUUUUACUGGACUUUUGUACAUUGAAAUGCUAAUGUUUUUUCUUCAUUAAAAUUGGCAAGAUUAAGGAAAAAUGGCUUGUGAUUUAUAAAAUAAUUGCAACUUGAAAUUUUCCAGAAGCUGGCUUUUUAGACAAAGAUACUGACAAUACUUGUAGAAUAUUUCAAGUAUAUCUUAGGCCGUGCAGUGAAAGUGACGGGGGGUGAUAGCCCUUCCCUAAAGUAAUAAUUCCUGUUAAUGAAAUCGCUGAUUUCCAGAGUUUCACUUUGGAAGCUAUGCAAAUGGUCUUGAUUUCACACACAUUACGCAAUGGAAUAUAAUUGUGAUUUUUAGCUCUUUUCAUGUUGAAAAUACACUUUAAAAAAGAUGUAUACUUUCAGAUAUGAUGAAAGUUUAAAUUGUAGCAUCUGAUUUAUUUCUCUGAUAUUUGUUAGGAGUAGACACCUAGAAGAAAAGAUGGUAUAACAAAGACCUCCUGUAGAUAGCUCUCAACAGAGAAAAUGUCUUCAGCAUUUUUUAAGAAAAUAUUCAGAGCGUAUCAUAGAUGUAUAUUAUCAAAAUGCUUACUAGAUCAGAAACAAAUUAUUUUAAAAACACUAGUUAGAUAAAGUUCUAUUAAUGCCUGGUUUCCUCCCAGCAUCCCCAGAAACCUCGGUGGGGCAAGCCUUGCUUAAGCUUCCAUCUUCACAAUCUCACAUACACCCAAGUAUUCUGGAAUCAUUUUGGACCUACUUUGCUUCCAAAAGGAGUGAUCUGAUUUCCAUUACGGGCAGUGACAAAAUUUUCCGAAAUGUCCAGGGUGGGCCAGGUCUGCCGUACGACUUGCCCUGCAGGGGCACCUGUCUGAUGCGAGUGCCAGGCAGUGCCGCGUAUGCCAGGGCAUGGGUAUUUGUACCUCUCUACUGUGUAAUUGCACCUGCCUACCCUCUGUGCUGCAAAAUUAAUUAUUAUUUUUCAUUUCUGGAUUAGCAGUUAAAUGGUUAUUUGUCCUCUGUACCAUCAGGAGGUUGGUUUUGUAAAUAUACAUAGAGACAUGCGCGCACAUACGCACACGUGUAUGAUUUUAAAAGUGUUUGCAGCCAGGAGGGCUGCUGCACACCUGGGAACCCAAGGGCUCAGUUCUCUCUUCAGUGUUGGAGUACAAGUCCCACUGUCAUUAAUAUCAGUCAUAAUGCAAACUGAGGGAAAGGGAC